CGGCUACUGAGUUCGCCCCCUCUCCCCCAAAUCUCUGUUAACGGGAAUUGUAUGGACAUGGUGACGUACGACCGUUCUCGCCUUUGAACGGCGCUAGCUAGCCACCGCCUGUUUCCUCGAUUCCGGUAGCGACGACUAGUACCAUACCUGGUCCGCUCGCAGCUCCGGCGGCCGUUCCAUUCCCAUUGUUUCCAUCCGUCUUAAACAAGAUUAGUCAUCGAUCUGGUGGUAUAACUUUGAGAAGUUUAAUUUUCAAUCAAGUUACUUGCUGUGAAUUGUUUGUAUAUGUGAUUGUGUGUGAAAAAGGUGUUGUGAAUUGUUUGCAAAGUUCUCAUAAUUUGAUGUUGCUAUUUACUGUCUAGGUUACAGAUUAUAUGGCAUGCUAAUAAAAUUGAUGUAUAUUGUAGUUGGAAAAUGAGCGAAGAAUUAGAACUGGUUUCUUAUAUAACGGAAGAAAACAAAAGAAGAAAGAGAAGAAGGAUUGUAUUGACUGAACAAUACUUCCACUCCAUUCUUCUUGCUAUGGCGUACCUUAGCUCACAAAGGGCGCCGAGGGAAUUAGGAAGCUUUAAUGAUGAUGAGCAUAAACUGAGUUUAAGAAAGUACCUGCUAAAAGAAAUGUAUGAUGGCAGCGAAGUAGCAUGCUAUGAUCAGCUUCGUUUAACUAAAAGGAACUUUCAUGAUUUGUGCACUAUAUUGCGUGAGAGGUGUGGUCUCCGUGGUAGUGUGUUUGUUGCUGUGGAAGAAAAGGUUGCCAUGUUUUUGCUAGUAGUUGGUCACGGUCUGAAAAUGAGGUUGCUCCGAGGUCAGUACAAGAGGUCGUUAUGGACUAUUAGCACACACUUUUCAGAAGUGUUAACAGCCAUUCUAUCUCUCCAUGCUGAGUUUAUUAAGCUUCCUGAUCCAUCUAUUGAAGCUCCGAAUGAUUACAAAUGGAAGUGGUUUCCUGAUGCACUUGGGGCAUUAGAUGGUUGCCACGUUGAUGUUUGUGUUGAUGUGGCUGACCAAGGGAGGUACAGAAAUAGAAAACAAGUCUACACCACUAACAUGCUAGGCGUUGUUGACUGGAAUAUGAAAUUUCUGUAUGUCUUACCUGGCUGGGAGGGUUCAGCAUCCGACUCAAGGGUCUUGCGUGAUGCAAUGAGAACAAGCCGAGAAGAUGCAUUUGUUGUACCUCAUGGAAAAUAUUACUUAGCCGAUGCUGGUUAUACAAAUGGACCUGGCUUUCUAUGUCCAUACAGAUCCACUCGCUAUCAUUUGAAAGAGUGGGCAGCGAGUCAACAACAUCCUCAAAAUUAUCGAGAGUUGUAUAAUUUGCGUCAUUCUCGUGCUAGAAAUUGUGUUGAGAGAACUUUUGGGUUAUGGAAGAAAAAGUGGGCUGUUCUACGUUGUCCUAGCUUCUUUGACAUAAAGGACCAGGUAACAUAUGUCCAUAAAGUGUUCAAUAAAAACUACCCAAAUGGCAAAUGCUUGAUAUGAACAAAUGCUUGAUAUGAACAAAUGCUUACUGUGUGUUGCAGGUUCGAAUUAUUAAUGCUUGCUGUGUGUUGCACAACUUUGCACGUGAUAGGCAGCAUAUGAUGGACGACUUGUUGCUGCCGGAAGUGGAUAGUGAAAUAGCGGCUCAACCCAUUGAAGUCAUUCCCUUCUUUAAGUCAUUCGAAUCCACUGAAGCGGAGCUUUUACGCUCAUCACUCAUAGGCACAUACUUCAUAAUAUAAUCACCGGGAAUAAGCUCUAGGACAUCGUCAUAGACAAUCUUGGCUCUACCCUGAGCACAAACCUUUCUCGCCUGCCCCUCUGACCGGACAACAAUGGGAUUUGGCCCCUCCUGCAAACCCAUCGACAUGGAACUGAACCAGUUUAUUUUUCCAAUCAGAAUCAGAAGAAAUUAAAACACAACAGCAUGCCUCCUGCAAACUCACCACGACAACUUCGACGGAGCCAUCCGCGAAGGCGCGCAGACUCAAAUGCUUGCGGCUGACCCUCUUGUCGACAACCACCAAAUUACUCCUCCCAACGACAUUGGAACCCUCAAAGAUGGGAAUGCUUAGCAGUGAGGCAUUCGAUGGCCCAGAUUUGCCUUGAGCAAAGGGAACCAGGGUCCCAACCCUUACCUACAUAUACAUAACCAACAUGCCACAUACGAGUCAAAUUUUUUCGAUAAAGACAUACUACCUCUGUCCCGUAUUAAUCGACGCGGGCACUUCACUUUCUAUGUGCAAACAAUGAACUAACUUCGCGUCGAUUAAAAAAGAACGGAGGGAGUACGAGUCAAAUACAAUGCACACCAUGAAAAAUCAGUCGCGCGAAAUGAGCAACUGGAACUCAUCCAAUCCCAAUGCACAGGAAAACUCCGAUUAGGAGACGGAUCGCUGCACUGGAAUUCGACCCGUUUCCAAUCACGCAUCGACCACAAAAAUAAUCCGACGGAGAUUCGCGCGCGGGCGCUCGCGGGGAGAGAAUGGGGAUGGGCAACUUACUCGGUGUGACGACGCCAUGGGAGAGGAUCGGGAGGGGAGCUCGGCUCUACCCAAUCCUAAACCCUAGAGCCAGAAGACUAAACCCUAGAUCAGCAUAGCCACAGGAGAAAGAGGCCGAGAGCGGUGAGGUGAAGACGAAGGCCAAGGCUUAAAGCGGCGCACAGGUUCUCCAGUUUUGCCCCCCAAAAAUAACAUUUUUACACAUAGAUCCUUACAGCCCUGCCCCUCUUUCAGUGGUUCUCUUCUAUCGGCCGAUCCCCUCUGUCCAGAGCCGUCCAGCACCAGGUCCAGCCCGCCGCCGCUGACCGGAAACACGCCUCGGAGCUGCCUCGCCGGCCGCGUCGCCAAACCCCGCCUCCCGGAAGAGCUCUACGUCCACCUCUGCCCGACAAUCUCCAGCUCCUUCCGACGAACUCAGCCUCGUCAUCUAGCUCCCGGUGACCUCCUGCAAUCCUCCGGGUAUCCUUUCUUGUGUUUGAAUACUUCUAUUCUCUAUGUAACCAAUAGGUUAAUCUGAGAUGGGAGUGUGAACAACAACACGUAUCAGAUUUGCUGAUGAAUUUAGGAACUUUAGACAAUAUAGUGAAUUUCAAGGUCAUAUAAUUGAUUUUUUCUUCUUUUUGAAUACUUGAAUUCUCUAUGUAAUCAAUUGGUUAAUCUAACCAGAGGGAUCUCUGAUGAACGAAUUAUGAUAUCAGGCGGCUGUAGUCCUAACAGUUUUCAUUUUGUGGCCCAUAGGUUCUGGACUUCAGAAAAAAUAGAGCCUAUAUCUAUUAGAAGAACUUUUUGUCAAAGUUGUACUGUUUCAUAAUAUCUAGUUAGCUAGCAAAGCGUUGGACAGAGUAAGAUAAUUCCCCUACGUUUCCUUGUCAAGGCAAAGGAAGAAUGCAGUGGUAAUUUAGGACCCCCUUCACUAUUUGUAUGUAAUGUGUUUGUAUUCCUUUGCUUUUCAAAUUUUAGUAAAUCAUCUGGGUUGUCUUCAGUUGACGUGCAACAACAUUUAGGCCAUAUUUUAGGAAAAGCCUGAUUUCCCUCUCUUGAUACUUUCAGUUAAGAGCAUUUUCUCUUGUCCUUUAACAUGUAUUCAUAUAGGUUUACUUAUUGUGUAACCUUUAUUUUGUUU